AUGGACACUGAGACCCCAAAACAGGGUCUACUAUACAGGCAGAAAAUCAGCUCUCCUGACAUAGCUGAGCAGCAGUGCCUCAGGAGGCUCAGGUUGUCGCAACAGGUUAUUGCUGACAUCUGUGGCCUCCUUACUGUUGGAGCAGGUCAGGAUCGGAGUGAGGCUGGUCUGAUAAAACGGUUUAAAGGAGAUGGAUUCCGGUACAGGGCAAAACUAAUUGGUGUGGAUGAGGUUUCAGCUGCAAGAGGCGAUAAACUCUGCCAAGACUCAAUGAUGAAACUAAAGGGAAUUGCAGCUGCAGCACGCUCAAAAGGGGAACACAAGCAGAGAAUCUUUCUGACCAUUUCAUUCGGAGGCAUAAAGAUCUUUGAUGAAAAAACAGGAGCUAUGCAACAUCACCAUGCAGUUCAUGAGGUAUCAUACAUCGCUAAAGAUAUCACCGACCACCGAGCCUUUGGUUAUAUUUGUGGCAAAGAAGGCAAUCACCGAUUUGUGGCAAUAAAGACAUCCCAAGCAGCUGAACCUGUAAUUCUUGACCUGCGAGAUCUCUUUCAACUCAUCUAUGAACUGAAACUUCGAGAGGAGAAGGAGAAAAUGGCCCAAAAGGACAAACAAUGUGAACAAGCUGUCUAUCAGACAAUUUUGGAGGAAGAUGUGGAAGAUCCUGUAUAUCAGUACAUUGUGUUUGAGGCUGGACAUGAACCAAUCCGUGAAACAGAGGAAAGCAUUUACCAGGUGCCCACAAGUCAGCAGAAGGAAGGUGUUUAUGAUGUGCCAAAAAGCCAUUUUUUACAGACAAUUAACCAGUUAGACCUCUUUGGUGAUAUGUCUACUCCCCCUGACAUUACAUCCUUUGGGACCCCAGGAUCACCAGCCAAUACCCUUGGACCAGAUACAUUUGCCACUGGAGUUCUAAGUGCUCAACCACCAGGGAGACCUGACUUGUUUGGAUCCAUUCCUUUCAAUACUGCUGCUGUGCCCACAGGCUAUGUCACAAUGGGAGCAGUGCCACCCGCAGUCUGGGCACAACAAUCGGGUGCUCAAAAUAUCAUCAAUCCUUUGUUAGCUGGAGUCCAAUCAACAGCGUGGGGCCAGCCUACCUUAUUUGCAGUUCAACAGCAGUGGGCUCCCGUUGGAAGCCCAUUCCAGCCUACUGUCUUUAUGUCAGCACAAACUCCUAUGCCACUACAAACUGCCAUGUUCAAAGCAGCCUUAUCUGCUGGUCAACCAACAAUUGCCAGUCAUCAAGAAGAGAAGCCAAAACAGAAAAUGGGGAAGGAAAUGUUUAAAGAUUUCCAAAUGGUCAAACCCCCAGCAGUGCCAUCCAGAAGGAGUGAGCAAUCAUCUCUCUCGUGCACCUCAGAUGCCUUCACAAGCUACUUUAACAAAGUGGGAAUGGCACAGGAGAUGGAUGAUGCAGAUGACUUUGAUAUCUCUCAGUUAAAUCUUACCCCAGCAACCUCCAAUUCCACACCAUCAUCAACCAAUUCACCUCCUACUUCAUCUCCACAUCAGCACACACCUGAGGCAUCUCAUCAACACACACCCGCUGCGUCUCCUCAUCAACACACACCCGCUGCGUCUCCUCAUCAACACACACCUGCUACAUCUCCUCGUCAACACACACCUGCUGCAUCGCCUCGUCAACACACAUCUGUGGCAUCUCCUCAUCAGAACACACCUGCGACAUCUCCUCAUCAAAGCACAGCUGCUACAUCUCCCCUCCGGACCUCUCCCCCAACAUCCUGUCACCAGAGUAUUCCAUCAAAAUCACCAGCCUUGCGUCCUAAUGAAACUACACCUGAUGACCAAGUGGGAGAUGACCCGGACAACCUGAACAACAGCAGAGUGCAAGUGGCUCUUGAUAAUUCUGAGACGUCCUCAAAUAAUGAUGCAGUUGGUGACUGUCUUGGUGAUUCUUUCACCCCACAGAUGAAAAUAAAAACUCUGAAUGUUAUCAAUCUGAAAGAAAAGCAGAAAACGUUAGAAAUGCGCUGCAAGACAAUUGAUAUCAACUUUGACAGCAGCAAAGACACACUUGUGGAAUUAAAUGAUCAAUCAAACGUAGUAAAUAUUAAUAAAGUGGGAGGACACUGGAAAAGAUCGUUGGGGAAUCCAUCACAGCCAAUUGAUUGCAUUCUUUCUUCUUGGUCCUCAUGGAGCACUUGUGAUCCUUGCCAGAACAAACAUUACAGGUAUGCAAGACUUGAAGUACCAUCUCAGUUUGGUGGCGCAUCAUGCGACUCUUUUGACAGAGAAGAGGAACCCUGCCUAGCAGGUGCCUGCAGAACCAGGAGUUUGUGCGAGGGUUUCAUAUGUGCUGAAACAGGUAGAUGCAUUCCUCGCAGACUCUGUUGUAAUGAAGAUGAUGAUUGUGGAGAUCAGUCUGAUGAGAAAGGAUGCAGGAGAGUCAGUAACGCAUGUUCCAGAAAGACCGAACAGUAUUGGGCCGUGCAGCAUAUUGGAAGUGGAUAUAACAUUUUAACUGAGACUCUGGAAGGAACUGUUCUAGACAACAGAUAUUAUGGAGGAAGCUGUGCACCAUAUUAUAUAAAUAAUGUAAGAUUCAGAAAACCACACAAUUUAGAAUUCUACAGCCCUGAGACUGAAGGAAGGUUUGAACUCUCCUUGAGUGAACAUGAAUCAUUUUCAAAUUUUACACACAGCAGAUUUGAAUCUAAGAAUCAAAAAGUUGGCUUUAGUUUUGGAAUUAGCUAUCCAGAUGUUUUUGAAAUUGGAGUCAGUUACAAUGGUAAUAAUUUCAAGAAAAUGAUGCAAAAGCUCCUACAAAACUCUGCAUCAAAAAGAAGUUUGUUUCAUGCACAGUUCUCACUCCAAGUGGCUCGGUUUAAGAUAAAACCCAGGGAACUCAUGCUCCAUUAUGAGUUCUUUCAAAGAAUUAAGCAACUGCCAACUGUGUACGAUUAUGGAGAAUACAGGGAAGUCUUUAAGGACUAUGGAACUCAUUACAUGAGUGAGGGUGUACUUGGUGGAACCUAUGAAUAUAUUUGGGCAGUUGAUGUCAAAGAAAUGCAGAAAGAUGGUUACACAUUGAAUGAUGCUAAAGACUGUGUAAAGGGAGGCUUUAACAUAGGGGCCAACAUUAAAGGAGUCUAUGUUGCUGUUGAUGUCAAAGCUGGAGUUUGCGAUAGUCUUCUGAAUAUUAAAGGAGAGGGUAUUACCAAAUCAAAAUACACCAAAGACUUCAUAGUAUUUGUGCGAGGUGGAGCAAGUGAACAUGUGACAGCACUUGCUCACAAACAGCUUCCAACUGUAGAAUUGAUGCAGGAAUGGGGAGAUGCGGUUGAGUAUAAUCCAGAAAUCAUUAAAUUUAAGCCAGUACCUCUUUAUGAACUAGUCACUUCAAAUACAUUUCAGAAUGCCCAUAAGAUCAAAGGCAACAUGAGGCGAGCCCUAGAGGAGUACCUGAUUGAAUCCAGUUCUUGUCGAUGUGCUCCAUGUCAAAACAAUGGUGUUGUUGUUCUUAAAGGAACCCAAUGUGUCUGUAUAUGUCCUGUUGGUUUUCAUGGAACUGCCUGUGAGAAGUCAACCAGGGAGGAUGUUGCUGUUGAUGGGAAGUGGAGCUGUUGGUCAUCUUGGUCUGAAUGCAGAAGUAGACAAAGGACAAGGACGCGACAGUGCAAUAAUCCCCCACCUGAAAAUGGUGGCCAAACAUGCAAAGGAGAUAAUCAGCACAUAAUAUCAUGCUAA